AUGCGUCACAAACGUUACUCAAGCGUAAACAUUCCUGCAUGUGAAUCCGUAAUGAGGCAGUUAGAUAAAUGUGUCCAACACCACAAGUUGCGUCGGUUGAGACAUGGGUUGCGUAUGCCGAACCAUCGUUUCCCCAAGAGAGUGCUGUUUUCCAUUCCCAAUUCAAACUGGCGUAAACAGAGAGAUGGCCAACCCUUGACUUGGCAGAGGAGUAUGAAGGAGAUCACGAAACGCUUGGGUGCUGUCGGUGCUACUCGCUUUCCAGGAUGGGGACCGCGUGAUCCUCACUGUGCCUGGUUGGAGACACUACAAGAUAUUGCUUUUAACCGAUGUCAGUGGCGUUUUUGUUGUCAGUUUCUAUCCAGAUUGCCUGAGCUUUCAAAUGAAUCAUGGUUGUAUGGCACUGAAACAUCGGUGUUGAACACUGAUGUUAUGCUGUCGAUGAUGAUGCUGAUGCCUGAAUGCUCAAGCGAGAUGAAUCUAGCGCGUGCCAAACGUAACAUACUACUCAUAAAGUUGCUGAAGAAUCUUCGACAGCACACACCCGGUUUCUCCCUUGUUGAAGUUCCUCGGAUGGACACAGUUCCCGGGUUUCCGUCAACCGCAAUUGAAUGUGCUGCACUAGACCGAUUUCAAUUGUGUGUCAAACAUACUUACGUUUUUUGUACUCUCCAGGCUUAUGGGAUUGUGUGGAAAGCUUUGAACCGGAAGACACACGAGAUUGUUGCGUUGAAGAAAAUUUUCGAUGCCUUUCGCAAUCAAACGGAUGCCCAGCGAACAUUUCGAGAAAUCGCUUACCUGCAAGAAUUCGGUAAUCAUCCAAAUAUUAUCAAGCUGUUCAGCGUUAUCCGAGCGAAUACAGACAAGGACAUCUACCUGGUGUUUGAAUAUAUGGAAACCGAUCUUCACAAUGUGAUCAAACGCGGAAACCUACUUAAAGAUGUUCACAGACAGUUUAUCAUGUAUCAACUUUUGAAGGCCACAGCUUACUUGCACUCUGCGGAAGUCAUACACAGGGACCAAAAGCCUUCGAACGUCUUGCUAGAUUCCGACUGUUUCGUCAAACUUUGUGACUUUGGCUUGGCACGUUCACUAACCGGACGAGAUGGGAAAACAAAUGGAACAAGUCAGUCUUGUAUACCGGCAGUUCCCGCUUUGACAGAAUAUGUGGCUACUCGGUGGUAUCGGGCUCCUGAGAUUCUACUCGCCUGUCACAACUACACCAAAGGAGUAGAUAUGUGGAGCUUGGGUUGUAUACUCGGUGAAAUGCUCUCUGGUUCCCCACUGUUCCCCGGAAAGUCCACACUGGAUCAACUUGAAAGAAUUGUGGCUGGUUUGCCCAAAAUAACCAGAGAAGAUGUGGAGCAAGUCAAAAGGGAACUUAUCGUCUGCGAGAGUACCUUGGUGAAAGUUCGGACGGCGGGGACUGCGGCCGCUGCACGUGUUCCAUUACUGUUUGUGGACUUGCGGAGAGUGGUUGACUUCCUGCUCCUGAGCGCGGCGUGCGAGUUUGUGUGUGCUGAUUGUGUUCGGUUUCCCUAUAUGUGGGUUCGUUUGCACGUACGUGGACAUGAAAAAAGUACAUGUGCAGAGAAUGACAUGUCGCCAAGGUCACCAUCGGCCCACACGUUCCGCACAGCAGGUGCAUUAGCGGAGCUUACCAAACGCAGUUCAACAACAUGCGACAAGCCGAGUGAGCGUGAUGUUGAUCACGCCAGGAGCGUCGCCAUUGGCUUGCCUAGUGCCGGAGAGAAAAAGACUCACGGAAGGGAACACAAUGGCUAUGUUCCAAAAAAAUGGUUGCGAGAGCGCGAGUGCGAAAAGUGCAACGGCCUCAAGCUUUUUAUUGGAGGGACACUGUCUGAACUUGGUCCAAUGCUGACGCACGCGUACGAGGCAGCGACGUGCUGCAUAUUGCGGAGGGGUUGCCUGUCCUUGAUCAACGCUGAUCCGCGCUGUCUGGGUUUGAUGCAAGGCUGUGACGCGCUGCAUAUUGAGGGGGCGUUACCACGACAGCCACUGGAACAACUGUUCCCCAGUGCUGACAAGAACGCAUUGGAUUUGAUGUUCCGAAUGUUGCGGUUAAAUCCACUCAGGCGUAUCACCGCACUGGAAGCACUUCAACACCCGUACCUUCGCAGAUUCUACCGCCCUAGCGAAAUCCUCACCAUGUCCCAUCAUGUGGUCCCCCCACUGGACGAUAACGUGCAGCUAAGUAUAGCAGAAUACCGCAAUCUGCUUUACAAAGUGAGUAACGAUUUGGAUAUGUACAGAAUAGUUGAGAAUCAAUCUACAGAAAUGAUUAUCUCCAACAAAUUACGUGUGCGACAUCAGAUUAAGAACACUCAAGUUCUCAACGCAACCCAUACUGUCAAGGUCGACGGAGAAGAACAAAACUCCGGGGUUCCCAGGUCUCCGAAGGAGAAGAGCCAGAAAAGUAGCCCGCUCAAAACAAUCCCAAAUAACCUGAUGAGUGAACAAGAAACGGUUUUGGUGACCAGGAAAUCGAGUGCGGUGGGAAACACUGCCGACCCCCUUGAAUCCACUGAACCCGAGAUGUCAGGUGAUAUAGACAAAUGUACGAGUCGAACUCUUCGUGGAUCCACAAAUGGUCUAGAUGGGAAUGAUGAGAAUCAGACAACCAGUACUGAAAUCGAUACCACCCCACGGACCAGAACCGAAAGCGUCAAACGGUCACAGUUAGAAACGAGACAUGACCUUCCCGAGACAGUUCAGAAACCGGAAGUGAAACCAUGCACUCAUAGUUCUGCUGUGGCACGUCAUUCUGAUGCGGUUACUCGUCGUCGCGGAACUCAAAUUAAACCUUCCCUCCAGUCGUCGUACUCUGUGAUACAGAACAAGCUAGGAACAGUCCAAUGCCGACCUACUGUAUCAAAUAACUCUGCUGGUGAACGUGACGCGGAUCAUCAUAGAAGAUUAUCCGGUACCUAUCAGCUGAGUACAGCUUUUCGAAAGCGGAAUAAGACCGGUGCUACAGGCAUCACCUCGGAAUGA